UCUCCGACUACAGCGAAAGAAGAGGUCACCCCUUGAUGAGCAUAAUCUGCAACAUGUCCUUAGUUAUUGUACUGAUUACUACCAUAGCUUUCUCCUGCUACAAUCCAAUUGUUGCAGCAGCAGCGCCUUCUAAUGAGUCAGAGGCAAGUGCGCUUCUCCACAGCGGGUGGUGGCCUCCCUCCGUCACCGGCGACACUUCCUUACCUCAUUGCACAUGGCCCGGGGUAUCGUGCGACGCCUCUGGGACCGUCAACGGAAUUCACUUGACAACUGAGUACCAAAUAGGAGGUAAUUUCAGCAACAUGAACUUCUCUCUCCUUCCGAACCUCGCCUUUGUCCAACUCUUUCACACCGGACUAGCCGGCGAAAUCCCCAUUCAGAUAUGUACUCUGUCGAGGCUAACUUACCUUGACUUGUCCUACAAUUCUCUCACCGGUGAGUUGCCUCCUUGUGUCCAAAACCUCACCAUGCUUCAAUUUCUUGAUAUCAGUAAUAAUCAAAUCAGCGGCGCAGUCCCUCCGACUGUUGAACUUGGAAACCUCACAAAAACAGAUUAUGUCGAUUUAAGUUCCAACAACUUCACUGGUCCCAUUCCGUCGUCUAUAGGGAAUUUGACGAGCUUGACCCAUCUCUAUUUGCAAAAAAACAAACUCAGUGGAUCUAUUCCACCGGAAAUAGGCAAUUUGGAGAGCUUGGUCGUGCUGAAUUUACGGGAAAAUAGAUUUAUUGGUGCCAUCCCAUCGGGAAUAGGAGACUUAAGGAAUCUCGAAUUUCUAGACUUAUCAUUCAAUCAUCUCAAGUGCCCCAUUCCAGACAAUUCUCCUUCUGGUUCAAUUCCCACAUUUCGAAGCACAUUAUUAUAUGAUCUUAACUUAUCAUGCAAUCAUCUCGAGGGCCCAAUUUCAGCUCCAGAUAGUCUCGGGGCUUAUUAUCCUGGUAACUUUUGUCUCGGUAACCAAGAUUGCAACCAGUUUGACGAAACCCAAGCCCACAGAAGAAGGUCUAGCGGAGUUCAUUACAUGACGAUGUUCAUUCUGCUAGCUACGAUAUUCAUUUCCUGUAUAGUUGUUGGAUCUUGCUUCCUAUUUCGACGCGCAACAAAGAGCGUGCAAUCAGAGACUUCUGAGAAAAAUGGAAAUUUCUUGUCAAUAUGGAAUUAUGAUGGGAAGAUUGCAUAUGAAGACAUAAUUAAUGCGACGGAGGACUUCGACAUCAAAUAUUGCAUCGGGACUGGCAGUUAUGGCAGCGUCUAUAGAGCGCGAUUGCCCAAUGGGAAAGUCGUGGCAUUGAAGAAACUUCACCGUCUUGAAGCGGAGGACCCGUCCUUCGACAAGAGCUUUCGGAAUGAAGUGAAACACUUGACAGAAGUAAAGCAUAGAAGCAUAAUCAAGCUCCAUGGUUUCUGCUUACACAGGCGAUGCAUGUUCUUGAUUUACGAAUACAUGGAAAGGGGAAGUCUAUUCUGUGCUUUGAGAGAUGACGUCAAAGCGGUGGAAUUGGAUUGGUCCAAAAGAGUCGAUCUCGUCCGGGAUACGGCACACGCUUUGUCUUACAUGCACUACAAUUGUGCUCAGCCAAUUGUUCAUCGAGACAUAUCUAGCAACAACAUCUUACUAAACAGCAAAAUGCAGGCUUUUGUAUCAGAUUUUGGCACCGCAAGGCUUCUGGAUCCUCAUUCCUCGUCUAACUUCACCGCAAAUACCGCUGGCACCUAUGGAUAUAUUGCACCGGAACUCGCGUAUACUUUGGUCAUUAAUGAGAAAUGCGACGUAUAUAGCUUUGGAGUGGUAGCAGUGGAAACGAUGAUGGGCGAGCAUCCAGGAGAUAUUGUAUCUACGUUGUGGACAUCCUGUGGAGAAGAUAUCAUGCUACAUAAAAUCUUAGAUCCGCGGUUACCUUAUCCAAGAGAGAACUCUGUCGCAAGAAGUAUUGUUCUGAUAGUUUCUCUUGCGCUCGCUUGCUUGAGUGCUAAUCCAAAGUCCCGACCAACUAUGAAGCAAGUCUCGGAAGCUUUUCUAGCUCGAAAGUUACCCUUGGCGAGGCCCUUCCAUGAGAUCUCAUUGGCUCAGCUCCGAGAUAAUAACAGAUCAUGGAUGUAAGGUGAAUCAACAGAAGCUUCAUCAGGACUAAGGGAUGAGCAAGGGGUUAUUAAGUGUUUGUCCAAAUAAAGAGUUAGAUUGAUUAAAUGAUGCUGCAAUUUGGUGAAAGUGAUUCAGGAUAUAAAAGUGUAUGGCUUCUGCACAUAAUUAAGUCAUGUAAAACUUUUUUCCGUACUA